AUGGACACUCCCGGAUUCAGAGAGAAUGAAAAAUUGAACAGCGAUCUCGAUGAUGGCAGAAUAUCACCAGUGGACCUGCACUGCAAGAACGAUCAAGAGCGAGACAGUGAUAUCAUUGUGAACUACCAGAAGAUCUGCCAGGCAGUCGAGACAUGGAUCGAAGAUGCGAUGCAGGAUGAAGUCGACUACUUCCAUGGUAUCUACUGCCCCAACCUCGCCCAGGAAUUGGAGACCCAUCGGCUGAGUGAGCUGGACCUUGGCCCGGGGGCGUCAGACUGGAGACUGCAAGAGUUGAAGACCGUGGAAACGGCCCACUACUUUAUCCUGUCGCUUGUAAUCUGGCGUCGUCUCUUCGAUAUUUUGCAACGCCCGUAUCCCCUUGGCGUGACGAAAGAUGAGCUCUCAGAACUCAAUGUUAUUAAAACCAGCAAUGAGCGUAUGAGUCCUCUUUCCGCCAUCUUGCCUUCUCUUGCCACUGACUAA